AAAAAAUUUUGAAGAUGUUUUGUUUAAUUGAAUAAGUGUCUAGUGGAGUGAUAGCUUUGAAGGUGCAUAACUUUAUAUUUGUAUAAAACUACUGUUUAUAAAGCACUCUGACACCCAUCCUCUCUUUUGAUCCUCACGACCAGCCCAUUGUGUGCGAUGUCCUUUUAUAGGUGAUGAAACGGGACUUCAGGUUAUUGAGCGACCUGCCCAAGGAAACACAGAUCACAGUAGGACCCAUCAGGUUGCAUGACUGAUUCUGGAGGAAAUACUCUCUCUAAAUGUCCUUUCCUUUCUUAAGAACUGUGAAUUUGCUAAGUCAUUGAUUUGUUAAGUGCUUGACUCCCAUUUUAUUUAUACUCAUCUGGUGGGGAAGGUUGGUGCUGCAUAAGCACAUGUUUGCACUUCACCUGAAAGGGCUGACGUCAGUCUUCAGGGCUGAGAGUCCGGUGGGAGACACACUGGUCCCGUUCUUGAGUUGACUGUUGUUACAUGAGGCUGCAGUCCUAAACCAAACAUGAAUUGAAUUCUUCAGUAUGCGUGUGGCAGGGCCUACUGUCUGUCCCCUGACGCUCGUUUUUCCUUCUACUCAUUUCCCACUUCCUGGCCAGGACAUGGCAGCAGAGAUGGUUUUCCCAGAUUUCCUUGCUGCACCUUGGAUACACUUCCGGGAUGUAGUCUUGGAAGGAUGACCUGCCUGUCCCCUCCCCUUCCCACCCUUGUGGGUGGACAUGUAGGCCGAAUGGAUGGCACUUGAACACGUCUUGGACGAUGGGGCGGAAGCCUUGUUUGUGAACAGCAGAGAGAGAGGGUAGAGGUUGAUUCCCUCUGGUGGGGAGAGCUGUCCUGAGCCACCCGUCUGAAGUUUUAAGUGAGACACAAAGUUGUGUCUUGUUUAUCGCUACAGCCCAGCUGAAUUCUUAGCACUGCAGUAUGUCUUUCGCAUCCCCCGUAGUUCUGUCCAUUAGCUUAGUACUUGAGAUGUCGUAGUUUGCAGGUAGGUAUUUGGUCUUUUCUCUGGGUGGUAAUUGAGCUAACAUUACAGGUGCUAACAGGUCCAGCUCUUCCAGGCGCUGUCGCUGCGUAAAAACUCCCCCCAGAACGUCGCAGUGUCACCGCCGUGUUAAUCGUGCUUCCGUGAGCCGCGGGUCGGGAGUCUGGGUGCAGCCCAGCGGGGACAGCUGUUCUGCGCUGCACGGUGUGGUCAUCCGUGGAGAGGUCUGAAGGCUGGGUCUGCGCGCUGGCUGGGAGGCAGGAAACAUCUGGGGUGCCUUCACGGGUCUGGAGGUUGGUGCUGGCUGUCAGCUGGACCUCAGCCAGCUUGCUGGUUGGAAGCCCUGCAUUUGUGACCUCUGGGUCAUCUCUCCUUAAAGGCUCCCCUGGGCUUUCUCACAACUUGGCAGCUGGGGUCCAAAACAGGCUUCCCUGGGGAGCCAGAGAAGUGUGUGGUGUUUUUAUGACCAGCCUUGAGAUUCACGUAAGGUCACUUCUGCCAUACCGGGUUGGUUGAAGCAGUCACUGAGGUCCCUCUGAGUUCAAGGGGAGGGGAUACAGAGGCCACAGCUUGAUAGGAGGGUCCAGAUUACACUGUGACAAGAGCAGUGGGAAGGGAGGUGCUGCUGCAGCCCUCUUGGGUCAGUAAAACCUGCCACACCUACGUCAGUUGUUUGAUCAAGACUGAAUACCUGCUUGGAAGGGGCUGGGGGAGCAGGUGUUGUUGUCCCUGUAUCUUCCGUCUGGGCCAGCCUUGGGGACGGGUGGAUUGUCUGCAGUUAAAGUUACAGCAGCAUGGUGUCUGCAGCCCCAGGGCUCCUGAUCUUUGACCCGCAGCUCUGGGGUACACGGGUGGGGGCCCUGUGUCGAGGGGGUGGCACGUUAAGUCCACACUGUGUAGGUACUGUGAUGCUUUAACUGUAAAACUCUUCAGGGCUCAUCCGGAGCUCUUUUAUGUACAUGCAACCUCAUUUGAUUCUCCCCCACGACCUCAUCUGGGAGGAAAGGCCGCGAACAACCCCAUGUUACAGAUGCGGAGCUAAGACUGGGAUAGUCGUUGACGGGAGGGUGCAUGUAGCAGUGGCGGUGAUGCGUGCCUGGUACCCUGCUUGUUCUACGCGGCCCACCAGCUCCCACGUGAUCCCGUGCGGCCAGUGUGAUGUGACGGAGGUGACCUGUGUCACUUCUGGGCGAGGAAACUGACGUGAGGUUCUCUGAUCUUCUCCCCUUCUGUGGCAGCCAGCGGUGCUCUAGACGAUGCCUCAGCCAGCAGGGCCCCUGGGUAGCUUGUAGUGCAGAAUCCCCCACCUGCUCCUGUGGGACACUCCAUGUAAGUGAGAGAAAUAAAAUUUUGGUGUGUGAAGCCACUUGAUUCCUAGUUAAUUUGUUUCCGUAAUGUAACAAUGUAAUAGCCUAUUGUGAGGAAUAUGGGUGCACAACCGACAAGUAAUACUCAGAAGAAGUUUUACAUGGUAAUAUGGUAAUUUCUCCACUGCUCUGUGCUAUUUCCUUUUACAGGGAAAGAGACUGGAUUCUUGUCCCUUAGUGCAGAGUCUCUGGUUCUGAUCAGACCAGACGGGUGAAGUUGGCCAGGUGAAAAUUGGAGAGUCCGCCUCCAUCUAAGGGGACCAGAAGGUUCUCAUUUCCAGCCGUUUGUUGCCACUCAGGAAUGUAUUUCAAAAGGAGUGGAAAAUCUGGAUGUUUAUAUGAAACCUGGUAUUUUAAUGCUUGUAAAUUUUAAAAGGAAAAAAGAAAACAUGUGAAACCAAACCGGGCGUGCUUGCAGGUCAGGUUCAGCCGCGCUAACUCCCGCGUAGUGCGGCGAUGCUUACACCAGUGGAGCUCUCCUGUCUCGUGUCAGAGCUGAGUGUCUGUAGUGAGCAAACCAGGGCUGCCCUAGAGGAAGCGGGCUUGGAGGUCCUGGAGUCGCCCACUCAGCCCUAACUACCAGUUUCCAAGGAGCUCCCUGAGCCCCUGUCUGCAAACCACGGCUAGGAAGGUGAAACCGAAGUCUGCUGCUUUCCAGGAGCACGUUCUCAAAUAGUGUGUCAAAUACAUUUUUAAAUUGAAAAUAAAGUUGAAAAAGUAAUUCUUGUGAAAAGCAGGAAGCAAUUCCUUAAAAGAUUUAUGAUGUUGUCUUUCUGAAAAGAAAGGAGCAAGCAUUUGAUUUCUUGAAGAAGUUAAAUUUAGUGCCAAGAAAAAGUGUAAUCCCGUCUAUAACUUUUCUCCACUAUGAUGACCAUGAUAGUAAUCAAAGCGCUCAAGGUCAGAAAACCAAGUAGUGCCGAAAGGCCACAAAGAAAUCACGUCCGACCUCACUCUGCUCUGCUCCCCAGAAGCAGACCUCCUCGACUGCUGUGGUUUUUGUAUUUUGAGGUAUUUGCCCUCACCCUCGAUGACAUGUGUACUGUGCUCGCAGUGCUGCUUGACUCAGCCACUUUUGACACAGCUGUUGGCUUCUUGCCAUGAAAAGUGAAGGUUUAACUCAAGCCCCUCCCCCUCAUAUAAUUUGAACACUGGUCCCGUUGGUGCUAACAUUAAAGCUUUAACAUAAACCUCCCUUUCUUACGCCUUCAGGUAUCUGAUGUUAAACUGUUAACUUUCUCUGUUAGCCAUUGGUUUACCUGCAGGUAACAGAAAACCCCACAAAUAAUGGCUGAAACAAAGGGAGUGUGUGUUUUUUCUGCAAAGGAGGUGUGAAAGUGGGCCCUUGCUGAUGUUGGUCAGUUACUGGGUUCCGCAGAAAGCUGGUUUUGUCCCCAUGAUCGUUGCCUCAGGGUCACAAGAUGACUGUCACAGCUGAAGAUGACUCAUCUGUUUUUAAGCAAGGGAGGAGGAUGGACGUUCCGGUGGAGUCUGUCCCCUUUUAUCAGAAAAGCAAUAGUUUUCUCAGAAAUCACAGUAGACUUUCAUUUUUGCUGACAUCUCAUUGACCAAAAUUGGGUCACCCAGGGGUAAGGAAGUCUGGGGAAGCAGAUAGUUGUUGAAAUCCAACAAUGCCGUGGACCAGUCUUCGCGGUGUCUCAACCUUCGAUGUGAAGAACUCUGUAAUGAUGGGGAGGACUGAUGCAAGAAAGAUGAAGACAGAUGAAGAACUCACAGAAAACAGCGGGCUUCCCCUGAACCUGCUGGAGAGACACGAGCCCUGGCCGGCCUCCGUCACGUACAUCUCCCCGAUGGUGAAGGAGCUCAUGGAGAAGAGCCAGGCGAGAGAGCUGGAGUGCGCGCAAGCCGCGGAGGAGGGCCGUCGGGCGGGCAGGCAGAGCAAGCCUUCCAGCGUCGUCCAGCUCAGAAGGAAAAAGGCAUCCAAGGUCUCCAGCAACAUGAUGUUCAAGGACCUGAGAUUAGAGACCGCGGUGUCUGUGUGGGGGCCUUUCUCUGUGUCGGCCGCCGGCCCCCCUGUGAUGCCAGAGCCCAUCCACUUUCACAUGGGUUCCCGAGGGAGCCCCACCGCCAACUAUAACAAGAUCAUCUUCUCCCGAAAACCCACCACGAGGAGGCUUCCGUACAGCUCGCUUCUGGCCAGCAGGGAGACGCAGUCCAGCGUUUAAGGGCGAGUCCCGCAGCCAGCCCCCAAGACUGCACCGCAAUUAAGCUCCCUUUGCUGCAAAUUCCACUAUGGCCUUUACGUUUGAACUGGCCCCUGCCUAUGCAGAGGUUGGCUGAGAUAAAGCAGGUUGAAUGUGGGCCGUGGGUGGGUGCACCCCCUCCUGGCAGCGUAGGCAGACGGGGGCGGGAAGCCCCGGCUCUAGUCCCCUCCCCCUCCUUUGAUGCUCAGGGCCCAGCGUGGGUGAGUUCAUCCCAGACCAGGCAGGAGAUGAAAGUCACACCGGGUGUUUGACCAGAGAUGCUUUAGUAGAAAGCAUGACUCACCAGAUGACUGGAGAGGCAGGGAGGGAGCAGAGGUACGGACGGAGGUGACACCUGUAGGAAGCAAGCUGGGGGCACGUAGGACUCAAGUGUUUCUGGAAGGAAUUAGCAUGGCCUGUGGGGAGGAAAGGAUCCUGGGGGAAGCAGAAAGGGGCAGGAACCAGCAGGAAGCAAACCAGAAGCGAGUUCCCUCUUCUGCCUCCCGCCUCCCAGCUGCCUCCGGGCCCCUGAGGGCAGAGCCUAGCGGGCAGGGAUGCAGGAAGGCGAUCUGAGAAGCCCAAACCCUGCAUCUCAAAGCAGAGUGCUCGAGGAUGGACCCCAAGCCAAGGGGAAGACGAGCUCAGGGCCCUGCCCAGUGGGGUUCUGGGGGGCCUCACCUUGCUGCUGCACUUGGUGCCUGAACCUGGCGUGGGAACGUCUCCUUCCUUGAGGGCUUACAGAGUGGCAGUGGGGGGCCCAGGGGGCCCUGCUGAGAAACGGAGGACUUUCUCCCUGUGCUUGUUUAAGUCUUGCCUGUGGAGCAGACUUGGCAGUGGAGAAGGCCCCGGCCGGACCCCAGCUGUGGCUUGUCGGACACAGCUGGAACUGGUCCACCCAUCCUCCGAGCUGCUCUCGACUGGCUCUGCUCCAUCUGGAAGCAGGCAGGGUUUGUCUGUAGACGCGAGGGGGUCCGGUUAGGACAGGCAGGCCCGCCCGCUCUCAGAUUUGGGGUUUGUCUGGAGAGCGUGGCCUCACUGGUAGCUUCUCUCUUCUGGACCCCACCUGAUGUGGACCCUGCCACAUGUGCUUACGUUUGGGAUGCAGUUAACGCUCGCUCAUCCUGCUUGCCUUGCAGAGGUGUAGAGGAUGCAGGGAGCCAGUGACUGGAAGUGACGCUUGGGAGGCUGGAUUCGCCCUACAAAUGCAUUCUUGCCACCCAACAGCCUCGUGGAGACGUCUGGGCUCCACUCUGGCGGCUGUGAGCUGUGUAGGGACAGCUGCACAUAUCAGGGGCUCCGGACCAGUCCUGGGUUCACAGCUCUUGGCCAGAAUGCAUUCCUGCAAAAAGGAUCGGUGAUUUCCAGUGACUCUGAGGGACUGUGUUUUGUGUCCGUGGAACAGUCAGAGAUGUGGAGGCCGGUGAUCAGUUCUCAACAGGAAUCUGAAGGUUUUAUCUCUUCCCUCCUUUUAUGGAAGCUCAUGGCCAGAGCACAUUUGAGGAGCUAUGGGUUGUGUUAGAGUUUACAGGGACUUGGAGUCGUCUCGUGCGAUUCCUUUGAGGGCAGAGCAGUGGUACAGAUUUGUUGCUUUUUGAGUUUCUAGGUGUUUGGUAGUUUUCACAGCAGUAUACACUCCCUGAAUUAAAAUGGUCAUCGUACAGGUAGCAUUGCUUAAUUUAAUUCUCAGCCUAUUAGAACCGCGCGAACGGGACCCGAGGACCUCAGCACCCGGUGCUGAGGUGCUUGUGCCUGGGGCCCAGACGCAGUGCCUCCCGGCGCCUUUUUAAAGAAGAAAAGGUCUUAAUUCCUUUGCGAUGGGGGCCUCUGUUCAAGCCCAAAGUGGGUUUGCAGGUCUGGCCACCACAAGGACCUCGUCAGCCCUGACAGUGUUUGCGUGGGGACCGAGGAGGCUGCCGGCAGCGAGUUCUCCCCGGGAAGCAGCCACCAGCUGGACCCGCGGUGAAGCCUCUGUCACGGGAAGGAGGUGUCCCUCAGUAACCGCACGGGCUGUUGCUUAGACCUGAGAGCGUGGAGGUGGGGGCCCAGGAGCCAAAGUCUAAGAGGAGUCUUUUGCUAAAAUCCUGCAACAGUCCUGGAGCAUCACCAAAACCGUAGGGGAGAGACAGCUUCUCCACCUCACCAGGCGCCAGCGGGCGGGGUCCCACUGCCCUGGGCGCAGCAGCGGGUCUGGUAGAGCCCAGCCUUGUUCAUGAGAAGCUGGGAGACCUUCCUGGGCUCCCAGAGCGGGCCUGGGGCUCUUCCAGGGCCUGCAGUCGGUGCGAGCAUGGGGGCCCGGAGCAGUGGAAUGCGGAUUCCUCAGGAACUUAAGCUCAGCUGCCUUCCACGUGGGGGCCGGGGAGGCUCAGGUUACUCCGGACACGUUGCACUUGGUCUCUGAGAGGGACGGCCUCGCCCUGAUGGGCCGAGGCCCACGCCCGCCCCUCUGAUUUAUCCCCGCCGCAUCUGGGAUUUUCUGCUUGGCAGGAGCGUUGUUUCACUCAGUCUCCCUGCUCUUGUUGGUUUAUGGAACAUCAGAGCUUGUAUUUUGUCAGCCCUUCUGUGUUGCUCUGUAACUCAGGCCCCGUCUGACACCUGUGGGGAGCUGUGGAUUGGAUAAGUCCUCUGGCCCCCGUGCACAGAGGACUUUACCCCUCGGCAGUUCCCACCGUUGGUGUUUAGACAGUGGGCGCGGCCAGCUGGGGCCGUCAGGGCACCAGCAGCUCCCCGUUUGCUAGGCCCCCGCCAUGGCCUGGGGCCUGCCUUGUGGGACAUUAGGCUGCUGGACAGAUGAGAGGCUGCAGGAAGGUCCUCGGGGACCGGACUGCAUAAACAAAGAUUCCAGGGCUGGUGUGUGAGGGCCAGACGCUCGAGGGUGGCCCGGGAGCCCUCCGACUGGAGGCCAGGGUGGGGCCGAAGCCGGGGGCCUGUGGGAGCCCGGACCUGAUUGAUGGCGCUUGUGAUCGGCGCGGCGUAACCAGUGAACCCUGCUGGCCUGGCGUCCUUACACAGGGCACGGGGGUCUCAUUGCCUCCUUAGUCUUUUUUUGGGUCAGGGAUGAAAAAUGGGCACCCCGAGGCCGGGAUUUUGAAGCUGGGCUUCAAUGGGGGCCCUGGGAAGUGGCAGGGGAUACAGCACAGGAGUCCCAACCAGGGACCAGCCCCGUGUCCCUGGGGACCGAAAACCAAGGGCAGGAAGCCUGGCCCUGCAGCCUCGCUGUGUGUCAGCCGAGGCAGUAUGAAGAUGGUCCCUGCCUGGACCUGCAGCUCUCUGUUCAGCGUUAGCCCAGUCAUUCAUUCCUAGAAGCUUCUUGGAGCGACGGGCGUGCUUUCAGAGCCCACCUUUACGGGUGCCACGUAGGGCAGAAGGAGAGGUGAGGGAGGGAUGGGAGCUGGGGCCUGGGGUUUACUGCGAUGUGAUGUUGUCAGAGCCCAGAGCCAGGCGCAGGCCUGGGUGUCUGUCAAAAAAUCCAGAAACCCUCCCUCUUUCCCCUUCCUCCCCUCCUCCACCUCUUACCAGGGACCCAAAGCCUCAACCAGCUACGUAGGUCCUUGGACAUCACACUGCGGGUCCUAAACCAGUAGUGCACGGCGGGGCAAGGCCUGUUCCUGGCAGUGAGUGUGCACACGGAAUCCUCUGGGUGCGGGGCAGGCCAGGCCAGCAGGGGGUGCAGGAGCACCCCAGUUUUAGGUGGGCCCUACUGCCACGCCCUUUUGUGUGCCUUGAUCCCGACCAAGAUCUGAUCUGCACAUGGGACGGGGCAGGAUAAAUAAUGUCACGAAAAGGACAUGGGACUUGGUGUCAAGACCCCCAUACCUUCCCCCAGGCUCUCUCCUCCAGGGAAAAUAAAAACUAGCCCCUCACCCCGAGGCCUUUCUAGGAAGCUUCUGUGGCUGGGGGCCCAGCCAGGCUGGUGGUUUCAACUCACUUCCUCCCAGACUCAGUUGUGCAGCCACCCAGAAUCUCCUAUUAUUUUGGGUGGACAAGGCAUGUGCUUGCUCCAGGCAAGCGCGGACCGUUUGUGUGGUGCCUGUCUGCCAGUGGGAGGAUUCUGCGUGGAGAGGAAGCUACAGUGGGAAGGAGGCUCGCCCAGCACGCCCGGCCCUCUGCGCGCGUGUGACUGCAGACGGUGGACCUCGCUUUCCUGGCUGACCCUGGGGCGAGCCAGCCCCUCUGGGACUGGAGCGCAGGCCCUCAGCUCCAAGACCAGGCUGUCUCUUCUUUACCCAGGCCCACCCCUCUGCUCCCACCCUUUCCCCCUCCCCCACUCCUCGCCCUCCUCCUCUCCUCCCCCUCCUCCCCCUCCUGCUCCCUUUCCUCCUCCUCCCCACUCUCUCAGUUUCAUCAGUGGCCGUCCUGCCGUGUAUCCUCAGGAGGGCAGACGUGUUCUGUCACAGGUUCAGCAAAGGCGCCUUCUGUUGCGAAGUGGCUCUACUAGAAGCCUGUCCUCCAUGGCCCACUCGCCCAGAGCCAACUCACCGUCCGCCGCUGGACCGGCAGCGCCAGGAAGGAGGCUCUGAAAGUGCCCUGCCGCCCGGCCAAGGUCAGUGGCGUUCACGGCUGUCUCCCCAGAGCCCAGCCGGUGGCCCUGCUCACAGCUGGUGCUCAGCGGCUUCCCGAGCAGGUGGUUUUACACCAGCAAGUCGCAACCCCACAAACAAAACGCCCUGGGAAGCGGUGGUUUCUUUUAGGAUGUCCAGCGGCUGGGAAAACCACUUGACCAGGUUUUGUAGCCAGCCUGAGCCGUGGAGUGCGGGCAGCUUGGCUCCAAAGUUCCUUCUAGGAUGAGAGUAUGACUCCAGCGACCGACAGUGGGCCCCUUCGACGCCCCUUCCUUGUGGGGGUCGGAGGGUGGAAGGGACAGGGUGUCAAGCCUUAACCCUUAACGUCCAGUUGUUCUGUUCUUUUCAGGGACCAAUUCAAGCCGCUCUGACGGAAUUCCAAGCUAAUUACACCUCUUUCCUCCAGCCUUGAUCAGAAGGGACGUAAUUUCCCAGACCUAAGAUGGUCUCUCCUCCCGUGUUUGCAGCCUCACCGAUGGGCACCCGACGGACUUGCCCUGGGGGCUUGCCGGCGCAGGUGCUGUGCUGGGGGCCUGGCCGUGGCCGUGGGAGACACUCAGGGUACGUCUGGCGGGGCCGAUGUCGAACAGUCACGUUAUCCAAUCACAGUUGUGAGUGACGUGACGCAGAAGCAGAGGCUUCCUCGAGUGAGAGCCUCCUUGCUGUGAGCUCCUGACGGGUUCUCCCCAGGCGCACGAGCAAGGGUCAGAGAAGGAGGCAGGGUCAGUACCAGGACAGCUGCUCAUAAAAAGGAGUGAGGUCAUGGUGACUUUGGGCCAAACUGACAUUUACUGGCUGGGCGAGCUCCGUGCGCGCUGCGAGCGGCCUGCCAUCCUCGCCUGCCCGCCUUUCCUGUUUGUUUCUGUAGCGCCGUGGAGCCGUGCCCGGUCGGGGAGCUUCGGGACACGGCCGCCCCCUCCCACGCCUCUCAGCCACACACAGGCAGCGGCCACCUCUGCACGCUGCUCGUCCCGGGACACUCUCCUCCUGCCUGUCUGGAGGGCUGGGCCGGGCAGCUUCAGAGGAGGCUUCCAGCCACUAUAUUGUCCCCACGAGACCUCGGGCAGGGGCCCAGGUCCAAGCCUUCUUCCUGGGGCCCUGGCCCGUGAGCCUCCCCCCAACUUCCCCAGGUCUCAGAGCAAAAGGACCAGUUCCGUCCUUCUGCGUCAUCUCUGCAGACCGCCCUGCGUUCCACCAGCUCGUCCGGGUUCUUGCCUUCCCCUCAUAGACCGGGGCAGAGGGUGCCUUUCAGCCCAGGGAGAAGGCACCUCGUGUUUCACGGUCCCCCUGCUCUAGCCCCUUCCCCGCUUCCUCGUGUCGCAGGGCCCCUCCCCCUCUCCCCUGCUCCCCACC